AUGGGAGGAAGAAAGAAAACAGGUAAAAAAGAGAAAAAGUUGAGAACAUACGCUAUUCCUAAAGUGUUUGAUUGCGAAAAUUGUUCAUCAGACUAAACCCUUCAUAUUAAUAUAUCGAAGAAGCAAAAUACAAAAGUAGCAAAGAUUUAUUGUAUUAAGUGCAAAUAUUCAACAAAAUAUGAAAAAAUUGGUGCAUUGGAUUCGGCAAUAGAUAUUUACAAUAAAUGGUGCGAGGAUAUAUAGAAUAAUAAUGAUAAAAACUCUGAUGAAAAUGAUAACAUAGACGAUGUACUUGAUGAUGAGGAAAAUGAUCCUGGUGAGACACUUUGA